UUCAAACAAGCACCAAAUGCAGCAGCUUAGAAAACACAGCAGCCCGUGGUUUGAGAAACAGUUCAAGUGAAAGGAAGUGUCCGUGAAGACCUCAAAGUGUCUUCACUCAGAUUUGUAAGUCUGAACUUAAAAGGCAAGUGCAAUGGCAGCGGGAGGCUUGUGGUUCUGCCUCCUAUCUGGACUCCUGAACCUGGGAUCGGCUGUGGAUCACAACCACCAAGGAGGAGCAGACACCUACCAUGUGAGUGCUGGUCACUUGUUUCUGCUGAGAUGCCAGUCUGCUGAUGCUCCGCCAUCACAGAUAAUAUGGAGCAGAGGAGAUAGCGGCAAUGAGGGGCUUCCAACUGGAGUAGAGGUCAGAGAUGGAUUGCUGUGGUUUCGACCUGUGGAGAUGAAUCAUACUGGAAGCUACAUCUGUGAGAAAAGGAAUGAAACAAGAUCAUCAAAAAGAAUAUUUAAAGUUUUAGUGUCCAGAGAAGGUUGCCCUGAUCCAAAUGAGGACAUUUCGGUAACCAUUGGAAAAGCUGAACGUCUUGAGUGCAAACAGGACGAGAUCUUCACAAUGAAUCUGAAAAGGAAAAUACGUUGGAUGAAGGACUGUCACCCAUUGGAUCUGGGUGAGGAUUAUAUCUAUCAGAAAGUUAAAGGUUUUAUGAGGCUGCCAGCGGUUUCAGAAAAAGAUGCAGGAAAAUACACCUGUCUCAUUGACAUUACAGUAGAUGGCUGGAACUACACUUCAGCACGCAGCAUCCAGCUAACUGUCACAAAUGGUACUCCAGAGGUCUUUCCAGAACUUUAUGUUGUGAAGCCCCAAAAAGAUGUGGUCAUAGUACGAGUUGGUGAUAGGGCAGAGCUGCAGUGUUUAGCCUAUGUCGGCUUCAUUGAGGAUCAAGAGAUUGUUAUGUUCUGGACCAUUAAUGAUGCUUACGCUACUGACUACAGUGGGAUAAACGAAACGGGGAAAUUUAUUCAUGAGAGAGGCAAGGUGUAUAGGCAGUCCAUCCUGUUCAUCUCUACAGUCCAACAUGAGUUGCUAAACGUCCCCAUUAUUUGCCACAUUGUAAGCCCGGCUGAAGAGAAACUUGGUGAGGUCUGCCUACAAGAAGCUUCCUCCGCUGAGAGAUGGCUUGCUGCUCCUAUUACCCUCCUGCUUUUGACUGUUUUCUUUUUCAUCUGUAAAGUCGAUCUGAUUUUGGCCUACAGGAAACUUAAUACACACUUUUACAAAAAAGUUCCAGAUGGGAAACUUUACGAUGCCUACGUGAGCGUUAGCCAAUCCGCCAUGCUGAGUUUAGAUAGUGCAGCUUGCUUUGCCCUGCAGAUCCUGCCAGAAGAGCUGGAGCAAAAACAUGGCUACAACCUGUACAUCAGAGGACGAGACGAUUGCCCUGGAGAAGCGGUCCAUGAUGUUAUAACAGCUGCAGUGCAUCAGUGUCGCAGAAUGAUUAUCAUCUUGUCAUCUUGUGGCAAAUCGCAGGAACCGAUUCAUUUUGGCAACAACCAAAAGCAUGUCUUGUAUGAGCAGAAAGUUGGCCUACACGAUGCUCUGAUGGAAAACGGUCCCAAAAUAAUUCUGGUGGAAGUGGAUGGUCCUGUGGACUACAGUCAACUACCAGAGUCACUACGCUAUAUUAAAAGGAAACAAGGAGCUCUGGAGUGGAAAAAUGCAUUCGUCAAAACAAACAAAAUAGCUCAAUUAUACUUGAGAAGCAACUUCUGGAAGAACCUAAGGUAUCACAUGCCAGCUGUGCCUGGAAGAAGACUUCAGAGUACUGCUUGAUGUGGUGAACAUACAGUACGGAGUUUAUCCAGGAAGUUUACGGAUGGCAUCCAUCCAUUUUUACUCUGGGAUGAUUUUGUUGUCCUCACAUGGAGAAUGGAUGUUUGAACUGUCAUUCAUCAGAAGGUGGAUGAUUUCUUUAAAAAUAUACUUUUAUAAAGUCAGACCUACUUGAAUGAAAUUUGCAGUUUACAGA